AUGGCUUUAAGCGUGGGACAGGUCGCGGGCGUUAUCAACGUGGGAGUCGUGUUCUUACAACUCACCUUCCCAUUGCUCCUGGUAUACAUUUUGGCAGGACUUGCCCCAGAGUCUAGCAACGCCAUCACUUGGACAGUCACCGGCCGUUUUCUAAAUGGGUCCUGGUGGCCAUCGAUAUUGAGGACCGACGGCGCUGCCACAUCAAAAGUCAGCAAAAGAGUGGUCUUUCUCUCGACACUUUCGACCUUGGGGCUUCUACUUCUAGCAAUAGCUGCGGUUGUCACUCCACUCGGGCUCUACUCUAAGGUUGCUGCGACGUCGACACAGUCAGGUGUGUUUGCAUCCGCGCAAGAUACGUCUCCUAUUGGACAAACCACGUUGUCGAGAGAUGACUACAACACCAGCCGCAUGUGCGGCUUUUUCACCUGGAUGUCAUGUCCUGGUCAAGAUCAUGGUUUCUACAUUACUCAGAACAUCUCUGGGUCGUACAUCAACUGGGAUUCUGACGAUGCGUACAUAAGCUCGGUGAUCCCCUCAAACCUUAGCGCCAUUUUCUCGAGUGGUCGUGACGGCGAUCGAUCCACGGUAGCUACUCCUUUCGACCUCGAGUACAGGUCGUAUACUCUCGAACGCGAUGAAAAGAAGCAGGAUAGCGUGCUGCUAAACUCCACCGGCUUCGAACCUAAGGUUGACCUUUAUGAGAAACGCUGCGUUGGGGAUAUCCAAUACGGCGACAUGAUCGUGCUCGCCAACGAUUUUGUUGUAAGAGAUGGGAUUGUUGCAGACAUGAAAAAUGGCGGUCUCGGAUUCAGAAAUCAUACCAUCCCGCUUGACGCCCACUCCGGUGCAGAAUGGAGCGAGAAUCUUUUGUGGCUGGAGCCUGAAUCUGUGUGUGUGACCAACAAUCUGUCUCUUGAGUUCAGGAUUGCGUCCCUUGGUGGUUCGAGUGACGAGGUUUAUCUCGUUGACCAAGGUGGACUCGUUCACAUGCAGAAGGACUAUCCGUACAUCGAUCUGAACCAGACACAGCUGGUACCACAACUUUAUGGACGAGCUCACAAAGGAGCAGUAUUGACCAAUUUCAACCUCCGUGCCCAGUUGAAUGUUUCCGAAAACCACCCAAGCUCCAUUGGCAGGAAAUUUCUCCUUCCCGGUUCGUAUUUUGAGCCUGGCGUAGCAAGGACAGGUUCGUUUGAUAGCGGUAUACCUGGCGUGUAUAUCGACACAGAUCCCCGUCAAAACUUGUCUCUGAUGGAAAAUAUUGCUAACACGAUAUCUGUAGGCCUGGUUACUCAAGGAUUUGGAGGCGAAGACCAGGCAAACAUUUCUCACAUUGCUAAUCACGGCGGAGCUGUACUUGGUGCAUUCUACAACAUCGACGCGACCGACUCCGGGGGCCGAUUUGAUCCAGGGACAAAUUAUAGCGCACCCCUGUACUCGUGCUCGACGUCAGUGAGGGCAUUCAUCAUGAAUGUUACCUUUUUCACAAAUGGUACGUCUUUAGACAAGUUGGUUGUGAAAGCCGCCAAACCUCAGACAUAUGAAUCAAAUGCAACGACGCCUCUUUGGGCUGUCGAAAAGACAGAGGGCUGGAAUUUGUCUGAUAUUCAACCAAUCUGGGGUCUCGUCGGCGACGAACACGAACACAAUCCUGCCCUGUGGACCAUGCGUCGCGAUUACAUGUAUCUCCCUGCUGGAUCUGCCGCGUUGGGAUUAGGCAGCUUGUCAUCUUCCGACUCGCUGGGAUGUGAAGCCCCAAUCAGCGUCCUCGCGAUACUCUACAGCGUCUUCGGUGGUGUGAGUACACAGGUUCCGGAUUUUUCGGGCCAAUUCUCAUUACCCUUGAAGCGGAAGUGGCAAGAACUCUCGAAGAGUGAGAAGGGCACCGAGAAAAUACUCGGAUUGAUCUGGACUGACAUCACGGCGAAUUACAUCACCUCUUCCAGAGGCCAGCUCAAUUCCAAGUUCAGCAGCACGACGACGUAUGUCCAGCGCCAAGAGCAGCAUGUGCCUGACACGGCGACCGUGGAAGUCCUCUCCUACGGCGUCGUGACUCGAUACCACCUCGUCUAUGCAAUAUUGGCCAUUGUUGUUCUGGCUCUGUACAGCUGCGUUCUCAUCGUGGCAUUAAUAAUGUGUGUCACACGAAGAUCGACUUUCCAUGCUUUGAAGUCACUGCUGCAGCAGACCAGUGUCGGCCGAGCGGUGAUUGUGGAGCGAUAUAAGCAGGAAAGCACAGGGUUGCAAGCCAAAACUAUGAACACGCGGACGUUCAUUCGUGAAUUUGGUGAUGAAAAACUCGACAUUGUAAAAGAACACAAGGCAGCUGCAGUUCCCUCGCAGCAAUAUCAACCUGUGAAGGUGGAGCACGUCUCAAAAGCAAUCGCUAAUGACAGUGCACGUACUGAGUGA